UGGGUUCCCUGUCGCUGCUUUGUGCUGCACUGCUUCUCCUCAGCUGCCCAUGUAAGGCCAGGUGGGCAGGGAAGGAGUUUGCCCUGUGCUUUUUGCAGAACGUUCGGCCAAACUACGACAGUCCAAGAUUCCAACUGCACAUCACUGCUGUUCAGACCGACACUAAAGUCACUGUGGACGUGCCCUCUUUAAUGUUCAGGGAAGAGCGGGACCUGAUGGCUGGGAAGGGGGUCACCAUCUCCCUGCCCAAUCAAGUCGAGCUCCACGGCACUGAAAGGUCAUCCAACACGGUCCGGAUUGAAGCUUCUGCACUCAUCACCGUCACCUCCUCCAACGACAGACUCUUCAGCAGUGACGCCUCUGUGAUUUUGCCUAUUGCUGAAUGGGACACUGAAUAUUUCAUCUUUACUCCAGACGGGUCUCUCUUCAACACCUAUAAAGAGUUUGCCGUGACAAAUGGAAACGAGCCCAACAUCGUAGAAAUCAGUCCGACCGGUGCUCUUCACUACCAGGGGCGUACGUACGAGAACGGCAGCCGAUUACAACUAGAUCUUCAGCCGUUUGAGAGCGUGCAGUUCCAGAGCAGGGCCGUCCUCUCCGGUACCCACGUCGUCUCCACGAAACCAGUCGCGGUGUUCUCGGGUCACUCUUGCUUCUGGCGCUUCUCCGCGUGUAGCCACGUCUACGAGCAGCUCCUGCCGGUCGGUAAAUGGGGCACCGAGUUUAUCGUCCCCCCGCUGAGCUUCCAGAAGAAACACGACAGCGUCUUUAUCCAGGCGUCACAGAGUACUCUCAUCACUGUCCAAACUGACAAAGGGAAGGGUGUUUUUAGUUUGGAUAAGGGAGGGACAAAAGAAAUCACCUACCAUGACCCUACGACACUCGUCAUAGAGGCCGACCACGCUGUCCAAGUCCUCCUGCUCUUCAACGGCGUCACCGGCCGUACAACCUACGACCCGUUUUUGAUGAACAUGGUGCCGACAAAUCGCUUCUGUUCCUCGUAUGCGCUGCAGGGUCUGAGUGGAUUUGAAAACGAGGCUUUAAUUGUGCUUAAAACGAGUCAAGUGUUGGACGUUAAAGUUGAUGGACUGGCGCCCAAAGAUGUUCAGUGGAGAAAAAUCGUAGGGACAGAUUAUUCCUGGGCUGAGUUGUCCUACAACCCAAGACAAGAUGGUACCUGCCCCACAGUUGUAAGCAGCAGCCUCUGCUUUGGUCUGUACAGCAUCGGGGUGAGCCGCAUGAAUGGAUACGGUACACCGGCACAAUGCCUCAAAUCAGCUGCCAACUGUCCAGCCAACAGUCACUACGAGGUCUGCGGCAGCGCUUGCCCCGCCACCUGCUCCGACCCCGACGCGCCCCUCAAAUGCAGACUCCCCUGUGCAGAGACCUGCUCGUGCGACAAGGGCUACGUGCUGAGCGCAAACAAGUGCGUCCCUGUCAACGGGUGUGGCUGCACCUACGACGGGCGAAGCGUUCCUGCCGGGGAAUCGUUUUGGCUGGACCAGGGCUGUCGAAAGUGGUGCCGAUGUCAUCCCAAAACCCAAAGAGUGGAAUGCCAAGACAAAGGCUGCAAGAACGGGGAGCGGUGUAGCGUUGUAGACGGCGUCAGGAAGUGCGUCGCCGUCUCGGUCAAAACGUGUCAAGCCACAGGUGACCCCCAUUAUAAGACCUUUGAUGGGAAGAGAUUCGAUUUCCAAGGCACCUGCGUGUACCAGCUGGCUGCCCUGUGCUCCAAAGAUCCAGGCGACGAGUUGGAGCCGUUUGAAGUUCUAGUGCAGAAUGACAACAGAGGCAGUAAAGUCGUUUCUUACGCCAAAUUAGUUGAGGUCAAGGUCUACUCCCUCAGCGUAGUCAUGACAAGAACACACAAAGGACGCAUCAUGGUAAAUAAUGAACUGGUAAACCUCCCCGUCAGUCUUCAAGAUGGAAACGUGACCGUGUUCAAAAGUGGUUGGUACGCCGUUCUUCACACGGACUUUGGACUGAAGGUUAAAUUCAACUGGGAAAGUGCUGUUUUCGUGACUCUGCCCAGUAAAUACAUGGGGGCAGUGUGUGGCCUGUGCGGCAACUACAACGGUGAAGCGCAAGACGACCUCGUUCCUAAAACCGGUAACAGUCCCGUCGAACCGGCAGACUUCGGCGCGAGCUGGAGAGUGGCAGAGAUCCCGGGAUGCGUCGACGGGUGUAAAGGGAAGUGCCCGGAUUGUGACAUAACUGACAUGAUCCGGUAUGAGAAGGAAGAUUUUUGUGGCAUCAUCAGAGAUCAAAAGGGUCCUUUCCGCGACUGCCACGCUGAAGUGGACCCUGCUGGCUAUUUUGAAGACUGUACUUAUGACGUCUGCCUCUACAACGGAAGAAAAGAUGUGCUGUGUCAGUCUGUCACAGCUUACGCUUCGGCCUGUCAAGUCGCAGGAGCCAGGGUGUACAGCUGGCGCUCCAGUGGAUUCUGUGCCGUCAAAUGUCCACUCAACAGUCACUACGAGAUCUGUGCAGUUUCUUGUCCCGCGACCUGCCAGAGCCUGACCCCUCCCCAGGGUUGCCAGGAGGUGUGUGAGGAGGGCUGCAGCUGCGACGAGGGGCACGUCCUCAGCGGAGACUCCUGUGUGCCCUUCUCGCAGUGCGGUUGUGUCUACCAAGACCGCUACUACCGCAUUCGCCAAGUGUUUUACCCCAACGGCCGGUGUGAGGAAGAAUGCAAAUGCGGGCUAGCUGGACAGGUUGAAUGUGGCCAGUUUUCAUGUGGUCCUAAUGAAAAGUGUGCGCUUGAGAAGGGAGUCCGGAAGUGUCACCCGGUUGGGAAGGGAGUGUGCCGUGCCUCCGGUGAUCCCCACUACGUCUCUUUUGACGGGAGGAAAUUUGACUUCCAAGGAACCUGCACCUACGCCCUGUCCCAGAGCUGUGGCCUGGAGGGCACUCACCUCACGCCCUUCUCCGUCCAAGUGGAGAACGUGGAGUGGACCAAGAACAAGAGGGUGUCGGUCACGAGGCUUGUGGCUGUCACGGUCUAUGGCACGACAUUCAUGAUGAGAAAAAACAUGUUUGGCGUUCUGGUGAAUGGAAUCUUCCACUAUCUCCCCUUAAAUAUGAAGGAGGGUGCGGUGUUGAUUUAUCAGGAGGGGACUCAUUACGUGAUUGAGGCAGAUUUCGGGCUGCGCGUCACCUAUGACCUCGUAUAUCAUGUUACUGUGACUGUACCUGGCAAUUAUCACAAUAAGGUCUGUGGCCUGUGCGGCAACUUCAACGGCGAUCCCAAAGAUGACCUUCAGCUGCCUAACAAACAAGUCACUGACAACGUAAACAGCUUUGGCCUGUCAUGGAAAGUCACCAUUCCAAAUGUUGUGUGUUCAAACGGCUGUGAGGGAAACUCCUGUCCCAACUGUGACAGCGCUCAUAAGGCUGUGUUCUCAAAGUCCACCUACUGUGGCAUAAUCACCGCCCCCAAAGGUCCUUUCGCCGAGUGCCACAGUAAACUGGACCCACAGCCGUACUUUGACGACUGUGUCUUUGACGUGUGUGCGUCUAAUGGAGAAGGGAAGGUGCUCUGUGACAGUGUGGCGCCUUAUGCCUUUAACUGUCACAUGGCAGGAGUGGAUGUGAAAAGCUGGAGGUCCCCCUUCUUCUGUCCAAUGAAAUGCCCGGCGCACAGUCACUAUGAGGUGUGCGCUGACUCCUGCUCUGUGGCCUGCUCCGGCCUCACAGAACUAGUGCAGUGUCCCAUCAGCUGCACAGAGGGCUGCCAGUGUGACACAGGUUUCCUGUUUAAUGGUCAAACGUGUGUCAAAGAGAGCGAGUGUGGCUGCUAUGACCAGGGAAAAACGUACAAGCCUGGUGAACUGGUCUACAAUGAAGACUGUACUACAAAGUGCAUGUGUAAUCAAACUACAGGCCUGGGCUGUGAAAACCACUCAUGUCCUCGAGGCACCAACUGCUCAGUGAGGAAAGGCGUUCGGGGAUGCUACACCACAGCAAGUGCCUCUUUUGUAGAUCCCUGUAAAGAUGCAAAGUGCCGUGUUAAAGAAACGUGUCAAGUGGAAAAGGGUGAAGCUGUGUGCGUGCCUGAGUACACUGGUGCCUGCUGGGCCUGGGGCGACCCACACUAUCACACCUUUGAUGGCUAUAACUUUGACUUCCAAGGCACAUGCAGAUAUGUCCUCUCUAAAACAUGUGGGGACCUGGACGGUCUAGUGCCCUUUUCUAUCACAGAGAGAAAUGACAACAGGGGGAACAGAGCAGUUUCCUACGUGCGAGAGGUGGAGGUGUCUGUGUACGGAUAUAGUAUCAUUGUCCGAAAGCAUCAAAUCGGCAAAGUCACUGUUGACGGAGAGCUCCUUAAUCUGCCAUUGCUUUUGGACGCAGACGGCCGAGUGUCUCUCGUUCAACAGGGACAUUGGGCCAGAAUCGAGACCGACUUCGGCCUCGUUGUCACUUAUGACUGGAACUGGGAGCUCGUGAUCAAGCUUCCGAGUUCGUACUACAACAGUGUGUGUGGUCUGUGCGGAAACUUUAAUGGCAAUGGCCGCGAUGAGCUUCAAAAUCCAGCUGGCAAACCUGUGUCCUCCAUCACUGAAUGGGGCAAUAGCUGGCAAACCCCCGAUCAGGACAAGGACAGUCCAUGCUGGGACGCUUGUGACCAAAAUUGUCCAACUUGUGAUGCUGACGGACGUAAGCUGUACGAGACCGAAGCCUUCUGUGGUGCCCUCACCUCCAGAGAUGAUAUGUUUAAGAAGUGUCAUGAUAAAGUGGACCCAGAUGCCUUCAUGAACAGCUGUGUGUACGACAUGUGUCUGAACAAAGGAGACAAGAAGAUGCUCUGUCAGGCUCUGGCCUCCUACAGCCGCCAUUGUCGUGAGGAGGGAGUCUUUAUCAAAGGCUGGAGGCAGAAGUUUGGCUGUCCAAUGAACUGUCAGCGCCACAGCCAUUUUGAAGACUGUGCCCGCCCGUGCCAGCCAUCAUGCCCCUUCCCAGAACAGCAGGAGGAAUGCCCCGGUGUUUGUGUAGAGACGUGCGUGUGCGACGAGGGCCACGUUCUGAGCGCUGGGGUCUGUGUUCCCGCUAAAAUCUGCGGCUGCUCAUAUCAGGGUCGCUACUACAAACCCGGGCAGCGGUUCUGGGAGGGCCGGGCCUGUGGGCGCCUGUGUGAGUGCGAUCCCACUCUGGGGAUGGUGGUUUGCAAGGAGGCGUCCUGCUCUGCCAAUGAGCGGUGCACAGUAGUGGACGGGGUCAGCGCCUGCCGGCCCACCAGCCACGCCACGUGCACGGCCUCAGGAGACCCCCACUACUGCACUUUUGAUGGCCGCAGAUUUGACUUCCAGGGCACGUGUGUGUAUCAGCUGGUAGCUCUGUGCUCCGUUCAGCCUGAGCUUAUGCCGUUUGAAGUGACUGUGCAGAAUGAACACAGAGGCAACAACAAAGCGGUGUCCUACACCAAAACGGUCACCCUCACCAUCUACGGCUCCACUCUCACCAUCAGCAGAGAGUACCCCAACAAAAUCCUGUUUAAUGGGCAGCUCGAGUCUCUGCCCCUGGCCUGCAGUGAUGAGCUGCUGGUGUUUCGCGGCGGUCGCACAGCCGUGGUGGAAACUGCUGCUGGCAUCACUCUGACCUUCGACUGGCACAACUCCGUCUCUGUGACUCUGCCCAGCAGCUAUGAAGGCACGGUUUGCGGUCUGUGCGGCAACUACAAUGGAAGAGGAGAGGACGAUCUGACCACGCGCGACGGCCGAGCUGCUGCUGAUGGAGCGGAGCUGGGCGAGAGCUGGCAGGUGGCCCUCGUUCCAGGCUGUUCAUCUGUCUGCCAGGGGCCAUGGUGCCGCGCUUGUGCAGACUCCCAGACAGAAGUGUAUAGAGCGGAGAAAUACUGCGGCGUUAUAGCAGACAAAGAGGGCCCUUUCAGAGAGUGCCACAGUCGCGUUGAUCCUGCCCCAUAUCUGGAGGACUGUGUGUUUGAUGCCUGUCAGUAUAAUGGGCACCGUGGCUCAGUUUGUGAUGCCAUCAGUACAUACGUCUCUGCCUGUCAAAGUGCUGGAGUGGCCGUGCUCUCCUGGAGAACAGAGGCUUUCUGUCCCAUGGAGUGCCCUGCUAAUAGCCAUUACACCCUGUGUGCCGCGAGCUGCCCAGUCACCUGUGCCAGUUUGACCCCUGUGAACUGCCACAGACCCUGUACAGAAUCGUGUGAAUGUGAUGAGGGCUUCCUGCUGAGUGGGGAUGUGUGCGUGCCCGUUAAAGACUGUGGCUGCUCCUACGACGGACGCUAUUACAGGAGAGGAGACGUUUUCUACCCAGAUAACGAGUGUGUGGACAGGUGCACCUGUGGAGAAAACGGAGCCGUGUCAUGUGAAAAAGCAAAGUGCCGUCCCGGUGAGGCGUGUAAACUGGUGAAGGGUGUCAAAGGCUGCCACCCCGAGGGCCAGGCCAAGUGUGUGGCUUCUGGUGACCCACAUUACAUUUCCUUUGAUGGGAGCAGGUUUGAUUUUCAGGGGACCUGCGUUUACGUUCUGGCCCAGCUUUGUGAUGACGACGGCGAGCUGACGCCGUUCGCUGUAACCCAAGGAAACGAGAAGUAUGGGAAUGGAAAAGUGUCUGUGACAAAGUCGGUUGGCGUGUCGGUCUAUGGGUUUGUCGUCGACAUUCAACACGGAGUCUCAUGGAAAGUUUUUGUGGAUGAUGAACUUCACAACCUGCCCCUGUCCCUACACGACGGCCGUAUUCAAAUCACUCAAGAAGGUCGAAAUAUCAUCGUUGGGACAGACUUUGGGCUGACGGUGCUCUAUGACACAGUGUAUUAUGUUGAAGUCGUCGUACCGUCUACUUACAUGGGAAAGAUGUGUGGGCUUUGUGGCAACUACAACAAGAACUCCAGAGAUGACUUCAUGCUCCCAGGUGGCAUACAGAGCAAUGUGGAGGAGUUUGGGAAGUUUUGGGUCGUGGCUCUUCCUGGAUUCGUGUGCGGAGGGUGUGGUAGUCAGUGUCCGGUCUGUGACCCGGGAAGAGAAGCUUUAUUUGCAAAGCCAGAGUCCUGUGGCAUCAUAAGUGCACCCAACGGGCCUUUCAAAGCCUGCCACAGCAAAAUUGAUCCAGCGGCUUACGUCUCUCACUGCGUCUUUGACGUCUGUGCGACGGAUGGCAGCAAGGAUACUCUGUGCAGCAGUGUCCUGGCGUACGCCCUGGCCUGUCAGAGCGCCGGGGUCCAGAUCCAGUCCUGGAGAACAGAGUCCUUCUGCCCUGCUCUGUGCCCGAGGAACAGUCACUAUGAGCUGUGUGCUGACACCUGUGCAGUCACCUGUGCUAAUCUAAUGCACCCAGUCUCCUGUUCAAACACCUGCUUUGAAGGAUGUCAGUGUGACCACGGCUUUGUUUUUGACGGGAUUCAGUGCGUUUCCAUCGACAACUGUGGAUGUGAACACAAGGGCAGAUAUCUAACGGUUGGUGAGACGUUCGUGGAUCCACUCUGUCAGUCCAAAUGUGUGUGCCGGUCUUCUGGGACAGUGACGUGUGAGAAGUCGACCUGUGGCAGCAGUGCAGUUUGUGAGGUUCGAGAUGGUGUCAGAGGCUGCCAUGUGAGACGAGGCCGGUGCGUCGUUGACCCGGACGGUCGCCUCUCCUCGUUCGACGGCGUGACUGGACCCGUGGGUGCUCUGGGGGCCUUCGAGGUGGCCUCUCUGUGUGACGUCACUGCAGAGCUCUGGUUCAGGGUGGUGGUGGACGUUCGGAGCUGCAGGAAGGGCGUUCAUUCUGUGGACACCGUUUAUGUCUUCUUCACAAACGCCGUUAUUGCAGUGAACAGUCAACAUGAGGCCUGGAUAAACGGCAGAAAAGUGUCUCUUCCUGCGAGAGUGGGCCUCGAUAUCUCCGUGCACAUCUCAGACCGGAGCGUUGUCAUCGAGAGGGCGUCGUCUGUUCGGGUCACGUACUCCAUCUCGCGGGAGGUCGCUGUAACUGUGGACAUCGGCCUCGCUUCUAAAGUGUGCGGCGCCUGUGGCAACUACAAUCACGACUCCAAAGAUGACGUGACGACGGCAGACGGAAAAAUCGCUUCCAACGUGUCUGCGGUCGUGGCCUCCUGGCACGCGGGCGACUUUUCAAACUGUGGCCUCUAG